CAGAUUUCGGUCUUGCAACAGUCGUAGGCGACGUAGAGUCGCAGCUGAAUACGACGACCGCAAAUCGUAGCUUCAAUCCUCAAUGGCGUGCGCCUGAGGUCAUUGGAGUCGACCCGGAGGCUGAACUUGUCCGACCAAAUUUCAAGAGUGAUGUAUAUUCUUUUGGUGGCGUCAUGUUCUUUAUCGUUUCGGGGGAUAUACCGUGGAAAGGGAAGAAAAACCCAACUCAUAUCAUCAUUGCGCUAUCGAAUAAAGUUGUACCUGCGCGUCCCAACAACAUUCUUAACAAUCACUGGAACCUAAUUAAAAAAUGCUGGUCUUGGAACCCAGAUAAUCGCCCGGAGGCAACGGAAGUCGUUGGAUACCUUGCAAUGAAAACCUCCCCCAUUUUGGAGAGGGCUGAAGUGGUUGAAAGGUGCGCAGUUUUCAGAUGCCGUUUGUGCCCAUAGUAUUUUCCAACCUCAAACAUUGUAUAGCACUAUCAGGACCAUGCGUCCUGAAAUAGCUGAAAGUACAAUCCUCCCUCCUACAAUGGCCGCAAGGACCAAGCAUUACACUACCUCAACAAGUUCCGAUACCAUUAGACUAACGAAUUACUCUCGUAGCAGACCUAAAAUUAUCGUACUAUUUGGGGAGACGGGGGCAGGCAAAAGCUCACUCAUCAACCUCAUGGCGGGCAAAGAGAUAGCGAACAUAUCUCCUACCAUGGAACGCUGUACAAUGCAUUGG